AUCCAAAAAAAAAAAUCACAAAAAUGGGAAGGAAAUCUCUAGGGGUUACCAGAAAGGCCAGAAUCCCCGGGCACAUCACCAAAAUUUCCAUGACCCCCAACAAGUACUAUGAGCUUAAGGUUUACAUCAAGUCUGUCGUCGUCCCCGGCACUCCCGCUUUCGAGUUGAGGCGUCUGAGCCACGGAACAAGCAAGAACUCAUAUCACCUCUGGCUCCAUAAAACCCUUGAGGAUAUUGGGCCUAGGUUUUUCCCGAGCGGCACGAGGGGCCUGGCCUGGCCAGAUAAUUACGAUCAGUAUGUUUUUUACUUUCUCUAUUUGAUUCCAUCUUGUCCUAUCCAGUGAUUCUCAAGGACAUUAUGAUUGGCUAACCGUCCUAUGAUAUAAUAGGAUUUACAAGGCUGUCCAUCAGGUUGUGCGUGUCUUGAGCAUUGGGAUUAGGAAGAAUUAUUACAGGAGGGAGCCGAGAGCUGCUCAGAGGGGCAGUAGCGAUGAUGAGAUGGAGAUGGCACAAGAUGAGGAACUACACGAAGGGGAGGUUAGCGACGAUACUGAUAGUGAGGAGGAUGUUAUGGUGCUCAAUAAGGAUAGGACAUAUGUCCAAAGGGAGCAAGAAGAAGAAAAGAGGAUGGCGAUUCAGGCGGCUAGAGACCAGGAGAAUCAGGACGAUGAUACGGUGGAGGAGGGCAUGGAUGCGGAGCCUAUCGAGCUUGAAGACUUGCUCGGUUUGAUGAAGGUAUGACCCUGAGUACUCUCUGCUAUGGUUUCCCGUAUCUUUUAGAAUCUAACUGUCUACUAUAGCCCGAGGUGUUUGCCAAUUUCCCGAAUGUGGAUGAUGAGUAUUUCGAUUGGGAUGAAAUCUUGGACCCUAGUAGCCCAGAACCGGUGUGUUCUCUCGCUCACUUAGACCAUUCCUAUCUAUCACUGCAGAAUGUUGAGGCUAAAUAUUUGCGUCUAGAUUGCCCGCCUUCUCUUGUUGCUUUCUUAACUUAACAUCAAUACUGUUGCGCAUUCAUUCGAUACUUUAUGUGGCGCUUAUUUUAGUGGGGCGUGGGUAGGUCGGGGCUUGGAACUGUGCUUGUCUGAUUAUUCUGGACUGCAGAGGCUCGAAUAAAAAAAAAGUAAACAAACUGUUUCUGUAUUUCUAGCUGAAUCAAAUUCGAUUUUCACUUUC